UGACGGAGUGAGAGAGAGAGAGAGACGGCAGCAUCCAGAAUAAAAUAAAUUCUAUCGAGUGACAAAGAAGGUCAAAGACAAAACGCUCCUUCACAGACGAGUGGAUUGAGAUCUUUGUUAUCGUGCUCCCUCAUGUCUAAUUUCCAACAACAAAGAAGUCAACACAGCCUUUACUUCCACUGGCAUCACACAUUCUGAAGUGAAGCCAAGCUCCUUAGUCUUCCUGGCUGAACUGUGGAUGGAGAUUAUGAGGAACUCUCGGUUGCUCCACCUGUUCCUGGUUCCCAUUGUGUUUUCUUUACUUUCACUCCUCCCCUGCCCGGCCUCUGCCAGCUCAGGGUCUAACUAUGACUUCGGGGCCCACCCACGCUUUGUCUGCACCCCUCUCCCUGUGGAUGCAGACCCUGCAUGCUUCCCUAAAGGGGGUCCGGGCGUAGGAGCAGCAGGGCCAGGCCAUCAAAGUGCACCUCCUGCUGGCUGGUGGGGGGCGAGCGAAGAGGCCAAAGCCACCAUCCUCCACCUCAGAGAGAGCCUGGUCCAGCAGAAAGAGACCAUCCUGGACCAGAGGGAGACCAUUCGAGAGCUGACGGCCAAGCUCACCCUGUGUGAGGGCCUCGGGCGGGGCGUGGCGCCUCACGACGAGCACCACAGCACGGACACGCACUCCCAUCACGCAGGGGUGUCCGGGCAUCACACGUACACAGACAACGGGCACCACAGCACCCAGCAGGGUCACCAUGGAAACCUCAUACCAGACUCACCGCACUACCCGUCUGUCGGGGCGCAACGCCUGGAUGCGGGGCACAGCAGCAACCACCAGGGGAAGGAGAAACAUGUGACGCCAGGCGACAUCACAUCAUCACCGGAGCAGAUGGAGCGGAUGCUGCAGGCGCUGAAGGAGAGGCUGGACAACCUGCAGAAGAGGAACACGUCCAUCACGUACUCCAGCUCUCUGAAGGAGCUGCUCCAGAGGAAGAUCAACGCUCUGGAGCAGCAGCUGCACCAUCAGACCUCGGCCCUCAGCGGCCCCGAACAUCACCACGACGACAGCAGCCACAGAGACGACGGAGACCACCACGAUGGCGACCAUCACCAUGACGAUCACGAUCAUGAUGAUGAUGAUGAUGAUCACCACCACGAUGUCAGACACCCAAAUGAUCACCACGACGACCACAACGAUGGCGAUCACAGCGACAGUCACGCAGACCAUCACGAUGACAGCCACAAUGACGACCAUCAUGAUGCAGACGGUAACCACGGCGACCACGGCGACCACGAAGACAGCCACCACCACCACCAUGAUGAUGAUGAUGAGGAAGAUGAUGAUGAUGAGGACCACCACAGUAAUGAAGCAGACAGUCACAGUUAUUUAUCACACACAGGAUACAGAGAACCAGGACCACGCACUGGUUACCACUCAAAUAAACUGGAGGCCAUGCUCAACCAGCUGCAUCUCGCAGGUACCGGCAGGAAAAAGAGUCCCGAUGCCUUCCAGAUCAGCUUCCCCAUGAGGACCAACUACAUGUACGGGCGUGUGAAGAGGACGCUGAUGCACGAGAUCUUUGCUCUCACUUUGUGUCUGUGGAUCAAGGCGGGCGCGGGGCCCAGCCUGGGGACGCCCUUCUCUUACUCUGCACCUGGACAGGCCAACGAACUGGUGCUGAUCGAGUGGGGGGACAACCCCAUGGAGCUGCUGAUCGACGACAAGGCUGUGACGCUGCCCCUGUCUCUGAAUGAUGGGAAGUGGCACCACGUGUGUGUGACCUGGUCAACCCGGGACGGACAGUGGGAGGCCUACCAGGACGGAGUUCAGAGGGGGUCCGGGAUAAAUCUUUCCCCCUGGCACCCCAUCAAACCUGGAGGAGUCUUCAUCCUGGGACAAGAACAGGACACUCUGGGAGGACGAUUCGAUGCCACUCAGUCAUUUGUGGGCGAGAUGUCGGACGUCCACCUGUGGUCACACGUCCUGACAGCCAGUGACAUCUACAGCCUGGCCUCCUGCGGCAGCCACCUCCGAGGAGACGUCAUCGCCUGGUCCGAGACGGAGGUGGAGCUCCGUGGAGGCGUCGCCAAAUACCCCUUUGACCCCUGCCACUGAACGGCCGCAACACCAACGAAGAAGAACUUUGAGAUAUCCUGGAACAAACUGAGAACAUUGAUCAGAAGGAGCAGAGAUUUUUCAGGAUGAUCACUCAGUGGCACCGACUCAAUGCCUUUUCCUUUAAUCACUGACUUUUUCUUAAAAAGGAAAAAUAACAAUAAGUCUAAUCUGUGUUUACAGAGACUCUCUGUCGGGACUUUAGUGGUCUUUGGCCUCUGAUGUAAUCAUGAGCUAGUGUUUUAUUUUAAACAGACAAGUGCUGUAUGUGACAUAUUGUCAUAUUGUUAAUAAGCUUCAAUCUGUAGGGUCUGUGAUGAAAUUAGCAGACCGUACACGGGUUCUGUUGUGGUGAAAGUGACAAACUGUUGUUAGUCUGAAUGAAACUUUUAGAAAUGUGUUGAGAAAUCAACUUGAAAUCUGGAUGGCCUUUUUUUUUAAAAAAGGUGUCCACAAAAAUACAGCUAACUUACCAAAGAAAAUAUAGAAUGGAUUUGUGUUACACUUUGUAUUUUAAUAAUAUGUGUCAUAGAUUGUGGUUUUAUUUUGGGAGAAAUAUUGAAAAGCCUGUGAGAUGAAUUUAGUGUUCUCAGCUGCUGGUUUUAGAUUUACUACGUGGACUCUUGAAACAAUACUAACUAUAAGCUAAGAAAAGUUUAUUAUACAUGCUUUUUUAUAAACUUUUAUAAACUCAUUAAUACAUCUGUCUGUUCACUGGACAAGUUGCUGAACAUUUAACCCCCCCUCCCCCAAUUAAUUCGAUUUUUUCUUUUUUUAAAUCAUGUAUUUUUUUUGAUCAAGUCAAUGCACUUUGGCUUUUUGAUGUCUUACAUGAUCUGGCCUUGACUCUAUAUUUGUUAUUGAACCGUAUAUAAAACACAGAAUGUGGGCCAGGUCAGAUUUCUGAUGUUAUUUAUUAAGUUGUGCUUUUUUUUUUUUUUCAAAAUGUUAUGACUGUAAAUAAAAGUGUGAAAUAAAG